AGGAGCUCAGGGCCCCGGCGCCCACUCAGGGCAGGUGUGGGGUUGAGGCUCGGGAGUUUCAGCGCGUGGGAGUGAGCGCGUUCGGGCCAGGAGAGUUCUCUGGGGGUCCCCAGCCCACAGGGAGACCAGAGGGAGCACAGGAGGCUUGUGUGCAGUCCUCCCUUUCCACCUCCCAGGCCCUGUGGUUCGGAGCACACGUCACAACACAUCGCGGGCUCCAGGGGCCCGUGUUUCUCAGGAAGCGCUCCAAGCCCGUCCUCUCUGAGCUCAGAACUUGGGAGGAAGUGCAGGUCUCCAGGCGUCUGGCCGCCCGCCUUUGUCGUUGCUGUCGUUACACCCGUCUUCGUUGCUCUGCCCGGGCUUUCUCGAGCUGCAGCCAGCACGCUCCGCCCUCCCUGCGGAGGCUCAGAGCUGCUAACCAGCUUCACCCACUGGGCAUCUGCUCUCAGCUGCUGUAUUAUUUCCUUCAGCUGCACUGCCCCCAAGGAGGCCAGCUCUCUUCUUUCCAUUUUACAAUGAAGGCAUCCGCUGAAAAGGGCUAAGGGUGCCCCACGGCUCCUGCCUUCAUGCCGUUCCGUUAGGCUGCAUCACGAGCGCCUUGGGCCUUCUGCUGGAGGACGGGGGACGGAGCAGCGGGGCUUGGCUGUCCCCCGGGCACGCCAGGCUGCUCCUGUGAGCUCUGGUCUCUGCAGUCCAGUAACUGGUGUCAGCUGAAUCCAGAGUGCUUUUCUUUUUAAUUCUUCUGAAAACAUUCUAUCGCCGUUACAUCAAGUGUGGAAAGUGAAGGCAAAAACCCAGCCCACCCAGAGGCUCCCACCUGACACAACAGCGUCAGUGCGAUAUUGGAGCUCAAGAUCGAAGUGGUGCUGCCCGAGAAGGACCGGGGCAAGGAGGAGCUGUCCGCCGGCGGCAAGGGCAGUCCCCGGGCCUACCAGGGCAAAGGUGCUGCCCGCCACUUCCAUGCAGACGAGCGCCUGCCCUCCCCCCACCCCUACCCCGGCACCCAGGACUUCGUGGAGGCCGCUGUCUGCCACGUCAAGGACCUGGAGAACGGCCAGAUGCGGGAGGUGGAGCUGGGCUGGGGGAAGGCGCUGGUACUAAAGGACAACGGGGAGUUCCAUGCCCUGGGCCACAAGUGCCCUCACUAUGGCGCGCCCCUGGUGAAAGGGGUGCUGUCCCGUGGCCGGGUCCGCUGCCCCUGGCACGGCGCCUGCUUCAGCGUCAGCAGCGGGGACCUGGAGGACUUCCCGGGCCUGGACAGUCUGCACAAGUUCCAGGUGAAGAUCGAGAAGGAGAAGGUGUACGUCCGGGCCAGCAAGCAGGCCUUGCAGCUGCAGCGAAGGACCAAGGUGAUGGCCACGUGUAUCUCGCCAAGCGCCGGUCACAGCGGCAGCACCAACGUGCUGAUUGUGGGCGCAGGGGCAGCCGGCCUGGUGUGCGCGGAGACACUGCGGCAGGAGGGCUUCUCGGACAGGAUCGUGCUGUGCACGCUGGACCGCUACCUUCCCUACGACCGGCCCAAGCUCAGCAAGUCGCUGGACGCACAGCCGGAGCAGCUGGCCCUGAGGCCCAAGGAGUUCUUCCGAGCCCACGGCAUCGAGGUGCUCACUGAGGCCCAGGUGGUCACAGUGGACGUGAGGAGCAAGAAGGCCGUGUUCAAGGACGGCUUCAAGUUGGAGUACAGCAAGCUGCUGCUGGCGCCCGGGAGCAGCCCCAGGACACUGAGCUGCAAAGGCAAAGACGUGGAGAACGUGCUCACCAUCCGGACGCCCGAGGAUGCCAACCGCGUGGUGAGGCUGGCCCGGGGCCGCAACGCCGUCGUCGUGGGGGCCGGUUUCCUGGGGAUGGAGGUGGCCGCCUACCUGACCGAGAAGGCCCACUCGGUGUCCGUGGUGGAGCUUGAGGAGACGCCCUUCAGGAGGUCCCUGGGAGAGCGCGUUGGCCGCGCCCUCAUGAAGAUGUUUGAGAACAACCGCGUCAAGUUCUACAUGCAGACGGAGGUGUCAGAGCUGCGGGCCCAGGAGGGCAAGCUGAAGGAGGUCGUGCUGAAGAGCAGCAAGGUGGUACGGGCUGACGUCUGCGUGGUGGGCAUCGGCGCGGUGCCUGCCACCGGCUUCCUGAGGCAGAGUGGCAUCAGUCUGGACUCCCGAGGCUUCAUCCCUGUCAACAAGAUGAUGCAGACCAACAUUCCUGGCGUGUUUGCAGCCGGCGACGCCGUCACCUUCCCUCUGGCCUGGAGAAACAGCCGCAAAGUGAACAUCCCCCACUGGCAGAUGGCUCACGCCCAGGGGCGCGUGGCGGCCCAGAACAUGCUGGCACAAGAGGCGGAGAUCAGCACGGUGCCCUACCUGUGGACCGCCAUGUUCGGCAAGAGUCUGCGCUAUGCAGGUUAUGGAGAAGGCUUCGACGACGUCAUCAUCCAAGGGGAUCUGGACGAGCUCAAGUUCGUGGCUUUUUACACCAAGGGCGACGAGGUGAUCUCCGUAGCCAGCAUGAACUACGACCCCAUCGUGUCUAAGGUGGCUGAGGUUCUGGCCUCCGGCCGCACCAUCCGAAAGCGGGAGGUGGAGACCGGUGACAUGUCCUGGCUCACAGGGAAAGGCUCCUGAGUUUGCACACAACACAGGCUCGCUGGGGCGCCAGGGACAGAGGCCAAGCCCCAGAGGGCAAGUGCCAACCUCCAGUUCCCCAGGACCCCCCCGGGGCAGACCCUAAGCGCCCCCAGUGCUUGCCUUCGGCUGCCUGGCUCACCACCCCGCACCUUCCAGAGAGUCCUCUCUGGCCUCCAGGAGAUGCUCACCACCCAAGGCCUGCAGUGCCGACUGAUGGCUGGCAGUGGGGGAGGCGGGGUGGGCUUGCCUCUUCCUCUACUGGGACUGGUCCCCUGUGGGACCCUGCAACGUACUAGAUAUUAUCUUAACAUUAAAACGCACACGUUUGCAGA